CCGAGCCCACGCACUUCGAAUCCACGCGAUCACACACUCUCUCUCAGCGGGGAGGGGAGUGGGAGAGAGAGAGGGAGAGGGAGAUGAAAAAGCAGGGCGCGGGAGUUCGAAAUCGCCAAAUGAACAAGAAAAAUCACGUUCACUCUCCUUGAGACUGGAGAGGGUGGGACAUUUGUGCUUGCUUCACACCCAUUCUAUGCCCUUCUGACCUCCAAACCCUAACAAAAUCUCACCCUAUCUUCUCGAACCCACUUCAAUUUUUAUGAGGAUGGUGGCGCAGUCUCUCAAAUGCACCGAAACCGAAUCGGAGGUUUUUACCAGGAGAGUGAGCGCUAGAAUCAAGGAGAAACAGAGGGCCGACAAGGAGCUCUUGUUUCGUCGGAGAGUCCUGAGUGACCAAAAAGACAGUGGUGGAGGCGGUAGAGGAAAAAGCGUCAAGCAUUGCUGUAAAAGGGCUCGUGCUGAUAAAACUGCAAACGGAGAGAAUGAGAAUGUGGAGCUGGAAAAGACCCACAAGGGUUUCGAGGUGGCGGCGGAGCCCAUGAAUCGGAGUUUAGAAGCGACUGAGGCUGUUGCCGCGUGUACGUUUGAGAAAAGUGACCAUGCCAAGGUGAAGGAGACCCUGAGAUUGUUCAACAAGUACUAUCUCCAUUUUGUGCAGGAAGAGGAAAAGAGGUGUGGGAAAGCGGAAGCAGAAAGGAAAGCUUCCAAAGCUUCAAAAUCUAAGAAACGAGCUGCAGCCGAAGAUACGAAGUCCAAGGCGAAGCGACCUGAUCUGAAGGCUGUAUCUAAGAUGAUGGAGACUAAUGAAAUAUUAUACUCUGAGAAAAGAAUUGGUGACAUUCCAGGUAUUAAAGUUGGGCAUCAGUUCUAUGCUCGUGCUGAAAUGGUUGCUGUUGGCUUUCAUAGUCAUUGGCUGAACGGGAUUGAUUAUAUGGGGCAGAAUUACAAGAAAGGGGAGUACAUGAACCGUACCUUCCCGCUAGCUGUUGCCAUUGUAUUGUCUGGAAUGUAUGAGGAUGACCUGGAUAAUGCUGAGGAUGUUGUGUAUACUGGCCAAGGUGGACAUGAUUUAACUGGUAAUAAGCGUCAAAUUCAGGAUCAAAAGAUGGAGCGUGGGAAUUUGGCGCUCAAGAAUUGUGUGGAGCAAUGUGUGCCAGUUAGAGUCGUUCGUGGCCAUGAAUCUAAAAGCAGCUACACUGGUAGAGUUUACACAUAUGAUGGUUUGUACAAGGUUGUGCAAUACUGGGCAGAGAAAGGUAUUUCUGGAUUUACUGUAUAUAAGUAUCGCCUGAGGCGGCUUGAAGGGCAGCCAAUUUUGACCACUAACCAGGUUCACUUUUCUUUUGGACGCGUGCCUCAAUCUGUGUCCGAAAUACGUGGGUUGGUGUGCGAGGACAUUACUGGUGGUCAAGAAAGUCUUCCCAUUCCUGCUACAAAUCUGGUUGAUGAUCCACCUGUUGCACCAAUAGGUUUCAAGUAUUGCAAGUCUAUUCAAGUGGAAAAAAAUGUAAAGCUUCCCACAAAUGCCACUGGAUGCAGUUGCAAAGGACACUGUGUGGACCCCAAGAUUUGUGCCUGUGCUAUGCUUAAUGGCUCUGACUUCCCUUAUGUAUCACGUGACGGUGGCAGAUUAAUUGAAGCCAAGGAUGUUGUCUUUGAGUGUGGUCCAAAAUGUGGCUGUGGACCAGAUUGUGUAAACCGAACGUCUCAGAGAGGACUGAAGUAUCGACUUGAGGUUUUCCGUACUCCAAAGAAAGGUUGGGCUGUUCGAUCUUGGGACUUCAUACCUUCGGGGGCACCAGUUUGUGAGUACACAGGAAUACUUAUGCGGACUCAGGAUUUGGAUAAUGUCUCUGAGAAUAAUUAUAUUUUUGACAUUGACUGCUUGCAAACAAUGAGGGGUCUUGGUGGAAGAGAGAGGCGAUUACGAGAUGUAUCUGUAUCAACAAUCAUUUCUUCAGGCCGGCCUGAUGACCUGAAAUCUGAGACUGUGCCUGAGUUUUGCAUUGAUGCAGGAUCCACUGGAAACAUUGCCAGGUUUAUUAAUCACAGUUGUGAGCCUAAUCUUUUCGUCCAAUGUGUUUUGAGCUCACACCAUGACAUCAAACUUGCUCGAGUAAUGCUAUUUGCGGCGGACAACAUACCUCCUUUGCAGGAGCUGACAUAUGACUACGGCUAUGCCCUUGAUAGUGUGUAUGGCCCGGAUGGGAAGAUAAAACAGAUGACUUGUUACUGUGGUGCUGCAGAUUGUAGGAAGCGCUUGUUCUGAAAAAGAACUUCCCCCCAUCUGCUCUUUUUGCCCAACAUCAUUGGUUGCACCAACCAACAUUUGUACACGAACUGUUGUUCACCGGCUUCUACUGAUUUAACCUUUACAUUCUGAUUCCCCUCUUUUUGGUGGUUUUAGUACACGUCAUCGACCGUGGGUGCCACUGCAUCAUUACCUGGAGUUACCCAUUUCUUUACUGAUUUUGUAACUGAGUGAAGAAACUAACUUUUGAUAUAGCAAUUUUUAUGAAGAUCAAUGAAACGCGUGAAAUAAGUUGGUAGGAA